UUCGCCUCUCUUCCCUUCCUCCCCCAUUAUCUUUCCCUUGUCUCAGGGAUCGGCUUUCAACACGCAAAGCUUCCUAUCAUGCCUGAACAACGGGAGCGUAGGGAUGAGCCCCAAAGCUCCGGUUUCAGGGGGGCCCUCCAGGGUCUGGCUUUCUUCAUGGUGAUUCAGUUUCUUGCCAGUCAAUUUUUUGGUGGAAAGCAGCAGAGUACUGGCGCUGGUGGAAAACCCGGUGGCGUGACCGAUUUCAGUACUCGUCCAGCUAGGAGCGAAAUCGAGAACUACAGCCCCAUCCCCGACUCGAUUGCCCCGAUAUGGCCCGUCGAUAGUCCCUUGGACAUGGACAUCUACGUCUCGCCCUCAGUGUUUGUUCCCACGCACAAGUCUCAGCGGUCGAGCACCCUAGUGCUCUCGGAGAAGAACCUCACCAUUGGGAAUUACAGCGACACGAGGGAAAUUGACACCAUCAUCCAAGUCCCCAAGGAAGUCCAGCAGAACGGAACUCUGUUUGCGCACUUCUUCCUCGGCCUUUCCGGACAGCAGCUGGACCCUUCCGCUAAGGACUACAGCACCGACAAGGCCGUUCACUUCUUCCGUCCGCUCAACCAGUACCUUCCCAAGAAGAAGGUGAAGAAGCUGAAGAACCUCUUGGCCAGCAGUGAAGAGAAGGAGGAAGAGGAGGAGGAUACUACACCCGAUGUUACCACCGCAUCCUACUACCACCCGAAUUUCACCGUGUCCUUCAUUCCCGACUCUGGAGUUCAGAAGUAUCGUCAGGUGCAUCCUGCUGUCCGGCAACACUUGCAGCUCGAGGCUACUGGUGCAAGAGAUAUCUCCGGUCAAAAUGGGUGGUAUUACCCGAUCGUUUUUCUGAAUACCUUCUGGCAGCUUCGAAGCCACAUGAUGGAGCUUAACUCCACGGUCGACACCGUUCCCUUGCGCAUCACCCUCAACAACCUACAGAAUUGGAAAUUCAGUAUGAUGGCCAGCGUCGACGACAGCGCGAAGCAGACUGCUCGCCAAGCUGCCUAUGGUGCUUCCACCCCAGGAGGUGGCGACGGAAGUGAAUUUGAGAUGAUUAAGGAGGUUUUGCUCAACACCAACAUCUACUUGCUGGGCACCACCGGCGUGGUCACUAUUCUGCAUAUGGUGUUUGAAACUCUGGCCUUCAAAAACGAUAUCUCUCACUGGCGCAAGAAGAAAGACGUCGUUGGAACGUCUGUCCGGACCAUCUUGGCUAAUGUUUUCAUGCAAGCGGUUAUUUUCCUCUAUCUCAUGGACAACAGCGAGAACACCUCGUGGAUGAUCCUCGCUAGCCAGGGUUUUGGUAUCCUUCUGGAAGCGUGGAAAAUCACAAAGACGGUGGACGUACGCCUCCGGCCGCCACCUACCAACUCCUUCUUUUCCUUCCUGCCGUACGUUGUGGUCUUCGAAGACAAGCACAAGCUUAGCGAUACGGAGCAGAAGACAAAGGAGUACGAUGAAAUCGCCUUCCGCUGGCUCUACAUCAUCGCCGUGCCUCUCCUGGCUGCGUACGCUGCGUACAGCCUGAUCUACAACACGCAUAAGUCGUGGUACUCCUACGUCAUCGAGACCCUGGUCGGUAGCGUCUAUGCGUACGGUUUUCUGAUGAUGGUGCCGAGUCUGUACAUCAACUACCGACUGAAGGUGAGCGCAUUCCGAGGCAAUGUUGGUGAAUAGACCUAACUAACUUUCACUUAGUCCGUUGCUCAUAUGCCCGGAAAGGCGUUGACUUAUAAAUUCCUCAACACCUUCAUCGACGAUCUCUUCGCCUUCACGGUCAAGAUGCCGUGGCUUCACAGACUUGCCACCUUCCGGGACGACAUCAUUUUCUUCGUCUGGCUUUACCAGGGCUGGAAGUACAAGGUGGACUACAAGCGUGUCAAUGAGUUUGGCCAGGGAGGCGACAGCGACGUUGAGGAGGAGGUGAAUGCUAAACCGGAGGAGCCAUCCAAGCCAGAGGCGUCUGCUCGGGCAUCCGGAAAGGAGAGUUCCAAGUCAACUCGGAAGAGAAAGUAACCCAUCCUUGCCAUGGCUCUUGGUGACUUGUGUGGCUUGAUAAAGCCCUUGUUAGUUGUUUGUUUUUCAAUUGUCGCCGCCGCAGAAUGUUAUACAUAUGCUCUGCCUAUCCCGGCUCGAGUGGUUUGACAGAUACUUGGCUUUUAGAGAGAUAUUUAUGUAGUAUAAAGACCAGUUAUGACACAUAAAUGACACAGAAGCAGCGUAAUUCUCGAUAUUCGUCUCUUGCAGUAGUAAUUCUCUGAGCUUGGGGGUAGUUGGGCCAGAGUUGGCCUCGAUGGGAAGGAAGUGAGUCUGGGACCGAAUUUGGUUUAACUUGUCACUUCCCGCGACGGUCGCUUUCAUC